ACCGACUUCGACAAACGGAGACAUCAGCCGCGAUGACGGAUCGAUGAUAUAUAACGAUGGCGCCAAUCGAACUUCAGAACCUCUCCAGCAACUGGAAGAAGCUGCAGAAAACGCUCCAAUCCUCCAAGUCCACUUCCAGCGAUUCAUCGACCUCUCUCAAGCGCAAGAGAUCCUCCGACGUGAAUGGAGCGACUACUUCCAAAGCCGCUUCAAACGGUAUAAUAAAACACGAUCAAACUACACGGAAAUUCACACCGAGGAAGAGGCAGAAAAUGGAGGAACCUGCGUCACUAGGCGCGUCUAUCAAACACCAUGAUGCGAAGACGCUGCAUCGAAGCGUCUCGAUGCCGUCGCUGAAGCAGCCUUCCCUUCUCUCGGAUCCCAAGGCGACCGCCGAAUCGAUCUCUGUCCUCGCCCCUUCCGCUUCGCACCCAGACAUUGAGAACGAAGGAUUCUCCCAAACUGCCCUACCAGGGAAAUACAUAGCGAUCGACUGCGAAAUGGUUGGUACAGGUCCUGAACCCGACCGCGACUCUGCCCUCGCCCGCGUCAGCGUUGUAAACUAUCACGGCCACCAGUUAUAUGAUUCCUACGUCCAAGUCAAAGUCCCCGUGACAGAUUACCGCACCGCAGUCUCCGGCAUCGAGCCCAAACACCUACGCCACGACUUUGCGCGGCCCUUCAAGCAAGUACACAAAGAUAUCAAGACGCUGCUGGAAGGCAGGAUACUGGUUGGACAUGCUGUCAAGAACGACCUAGACGCCUUGUUACUUAAACACGACAAGCGCUAUAUCCGUGACACAUCGAAAUUUUCCAAGUUCCGUGAACUGGCCUACAUCCCUGGACGGACGCCGUCGUUGAAAACAUUGGUGGAAAAGCUUUUGGGCGUAGAGAUACAGGUUGGAGCUCACAGUUCCGUCGAGGAUGCCAGAGCAACGAUGGCGUUGUAUAGGCUAGAGAAGCAAGCAUUCGAAGAGGAGAUCAUAAAGAUUUAUGGGAAAGUCAAGAUGAGAGCUGCGGGAAUGGGGGGCGAGGAGAAGGCGGAAGGAGAGGCGCCGGCGAAGAAGAAUAAUCAGAGGAAGAAAAAGAAGAAGAAGAAGGGCAAUUGAUGAUGAGGAAUCUGCGAUGGGAGCCAUGUUGGGAGGAUAGGCGUUCUUGCAUUUGCAUACGAUACCCAGGCAUUUCAUGAAACAACAAUACAAUUUCAACAGUCUACAAUCUCUUCCUCAAGUUCCUAUCUGCAGCCACCGCGCUAGAAAGAUGAUUAUCCCUCCAACCAUGAGCGUGAUACCCUACAUUC